GAGUUCUGACAGUAUGAAUCGGAUUUAUAUUUUUUAUCAAUCAAUUGUCAAUUUGUCAAAUUUGUGAAUACUGAGUUUCUGAUGUUAUCAGAUAUUUUAAAAUUUCACUGAUGUGAAAUUUACAUUUUUUUUGUACUAUUAUCAUUAUAACGUAGAUUUCAUUGAUUGAAUUGACAUUUAGUGGAAUAAUAUUUUUCAAGUCUUCAUUUUCUAAGUGAUCGCUAUGUUAUCGUUGACUUGUAAAUAGUUCCUCGGCAGUGGGGCUACAAUCAUAAGUUCACGACGAGGCAUCAUGCUGCCGCUGCGGCUGCGGCGCGUGGCGGGGCACGAGGGCCGGCUAAACGACGCGCUGUUCCAGCCCGCGGCCCGCGCGCCGCCGCUCAACCAACACACGCUUGUCUUCUUUGGAGGAGACGUUCAGGAUUACCCGGAGGUAAUGCAAGCUCACCGCGACAACCGGAACUAUCUGAAAUGGAACUUGGAGAACACGGCGCGCAUGCUUGGACACAACUUCCCCAACAAACAUAUAUUGGUCAUAAGACCUUCUAGGAUAGAGUACAAAAGCUUUAGCUGUUACGACAACUUCGUCCCCAGCAACAAUGCAGGCGUACCUGAACACACGCCGACGCAUAAUGCAUUACACCAUUUGGAGAGGCUACUCCAAGGCGUCAGCAGCAGAUUAAAAAGUCUACCGACAUCUGAACUCCUUGAAGCUGUGUCUUCAGUGUCUUUGCCAGAAGAAAUUGAUAUAGAAGAUCUGCAUAACGCGUCCAUCCACCCUCCGUCGGCGAGCAAGUCCAACGGCGCCAAGUCACAGGCGGGCGGCUCGCAGCUGCCGCCCGGCGCACACAAGCCUGAGAGCGACCCUCUAUGGUGGCGCGACAAGCUGGCUCUGGACGAGUCUCAACUGACGCUGGUGGGCUUCAGCAAGGGCUGCGUGGUGCUCAACCAGAUGAUCUACGAGUUCCACUAUACCAAGACCCUCACUCCAGGGGACGCGCACAUGAUGAGGUUCAUGGAGCGCAUCGUGGACAUGUACUGGCUGGACGGCGGCCACGCGGGCGGCAAGAACACCUGGAUCACCUCGCGCAGUCUGCUCGAGACCCUCACAAGACUUAAUGUGAACGUGUUCAUCCACGUGAGCCCGUACCAGGUGCAAGACGAGGGCCGGCCGUGGAUCGGCCGCGAGGAGAAGGCCUUCACCGGCUUGCUCAAGAAGUUGGGAUCCAAGGUGAACAGAUACCUGCACGCGCAGGCGGGGCUGGCGCACUCGCUGCACAUGCACUUCGAGGUGCUCGCCAACUUCAAGCGCGUGCAGGACGCCGCGCCCGUCUGCAUGCCCGACUCCUCCGACGAAGACGCCUAACUACUUACUUACACUCAUACUGAUGACGGUGUGAAUAGCAUUGGUAGGGUGAAUAGGAAUGACGUCAUGAAUACAAACUGAUAUACGUGGAUUACUACGUCCUCUUUUAACAUUCACACACAGAAAUUUGAUCUCAAACUAGGCAGAGCCUAUACUAACCAGGUAACUGAAAAAUGUAUAGAUAAAUGAAAUGAAAUGACGUGCCAACAUUAUUGUUUUGUAUUACAUAGAAAACACUCAACACAAACUUUAUCCCGGGUAGAAAACAAAUGAUCUCUGGUUUAGCUAUCAUCGUCACUAAGAGGACAGUGCAAUUUUUUUCUCAUGAGUUGACUUUUUGUAUGAAAACUAUUUUCUUUACAUGUUAUUUAAACAUACAAUUUAAAAAGAAUAACAAACGCUCCCGCGCUAAGGUCCUUUAUCAUUAUUUUGCAGGUAGUUUCACAACAUUUAAGUCGCAUUUACAAAGACACUCAGACUCAAGACAAGCAUUCAUAUAUCACACGCUUGUCCACGCGGGAUACAAUUGCAUUACAAAACCUCUAUUCACCCGCCAGUGUUAUUCACCAUGUGACAUUAUGAACUGUCACAACCCUGACUCAAACAACUUGGAAAGGAAAAUGUCAGCUAGAAGUAGAUGAUUUGAACUCAGACUUAUCAUAGAAAGAGUAAAAUAUAUAUUUUUGGUAGUUUAUUUCUAAGUUUUGUGACAUGUGUCUUCGCUAUGCAUGUACCGUUAGGAGUAUAGUUAUUAUGUAUAUUUUUAGUUUUUGUAAAUCUGACAUGAUCUAAAAACUUUAUCUGAAUCAAUCUUUAUUUCGAAACAAUUUCUUCCUAAGACUAAAAUAAAGCAAGUGGUAAAUUAAUUACGUAGUUCUUAGGAAACACUCUCGUUUUCAUUAGCUUGAAAUUAAUAAUUUAAUGAUGGCUUACUCACGCGUAUUUAUCGGGAUAGCCCGACCAGUUUCGGAUCCUACCGAAGUCCUUAAUCAUUAGCUUUUGCGGCUGCAACCCGGCACCUACUGGGCUAGUCGGGCGUUCCCGAUUAAUACGCGUGAAUACUCACUAAAGUUAUUAUGACAGUCAAUAUUGAAUUUAAUUAUGGUAAAAAUAAAGUACAGUUUUCUAUCAACAUAUUAUUGAAACCAAGUCGAUGAAAAGGAAGGUAUUAUAUUUAUUCAUGAUAGCAAAAGGUCCUUGGACAAUUACUUUGGUUGUGAUCUGGGUUGAAAAUUCAAACUUAUAUUAGUGUUUAGGAUUUGAUUCUGCCUAAGUAUUUAAAUCUUGCCAUAAUGGCAACCCAGGAAGAAAUCUGCGGUUUUGUUGCCAGAUACUAUAAAUGAUGGUGAUUUUUUUUAAAUACCUCUUCCGACAAUUAAAUAAAAUAUUAAUUUUUAAGUUCAAAUUAUGGAAUGAUCGAUACAAUCGGUACUUAAACAAAAUGUUUUUCAUUUAUAGGUUAAAAGUGAGUUAUGAACUCGAUUUUUUUUUGCGAGAUUGUCUCGAGAACUGACUAUUGUUUUAUUUAUUAUGUAUUUUGUAAGUUAUGACUUUCAUUAAGGCCUUUAUUUGAAAAAUCAACUUUUCUCAACUGUUAGUGAUAUGGAAUUUAUUCAUAAAAGUAUCUCGGCAUUCAUAAAAGAUUGUAAUUUAGUUACUCAAGCUACUUUAAAAUGUAGAAGUGUAAUAACGAGAUAUUAAUUGUUCAAUUAUGAUGUUAGACGUGCACCCUGAACAUUGUGUUCUAAUCAAACGCUGCCCCUCUAGCCAAGUCAAUAAAUAGCGCUCAUAUGUAUGGGGAUGGCAUUUCGUUUCGAUAAGUCACGUGACCUUAACCUGUCAUUUCCAUACAUUCGUGCGCUUUCUCUUGACGAAAACGAUUGUAGUAAUGUCACUUGGCUAGUGGUGCUGGACCUUAAUGUGCGUCCGCAUGUAUUUAUGGAGACAAUUCAACGGAAACACUGGCUUUUCAUAUAGUAACAUAAUUCUUUGAUAUAACAAUAUUAUUCCUCAGUAUUAUAAGCCAUAAUAGUAUUUAAUAUUCAAUAGUCACAGUAGCUAUCCUGCUUAACCACGGCAACUGAUGCAUGCCCGCAAUAUAUAUGGCGUCACCUCGUCAAGUCAGUCUGUCGCAGCUGUAAGGAGUCGACUUAUUGCAUUAUUUUUUUCACAACUGCAAUCGACUUUUAAAAGCUAGAUAUACGCCCCCAGAAAAUAAAUGUUUAAGUGUUAUAAUAGAAUGUUGUAAUAGGGACUAUAGGGAGCAUAUUUUUUCAAUAUACUUUAUCAAGCUCAAAGCUACCUUAUAUCAAAGCCAUUAUGGUAGAAAGUCAUUUGGCAACAUGUUAUUCUAACUGCGACAGGUUCUGAUAAAGUUUGUGAUAAGUUUAAGGUAAAAAGGUUUGAUACCUGUUCAUGUUGAUCUCAAUUCUGGAACACGGCUAUGUAAUUGGUUACCAAAAACAGUAACAUCUAGUAGGCAAAUAGAUCAAUGAAAAAUAAUAUAACUUGACAACCAUCGUCAAGCGAUGUCAUUCGUAGUUAGCUCAACCGAUCCUGUCGCAACCGAUAAUAACGAUUCAUUAGAUCAGAUGAAAUAGAUCAGACUACCAGAAUCUGAAGGCUUAGCAGCCAGUAUUAGAAUGUUUUAUAUGCAGUUCCACAUUUUUUGCCCCAUUAAACGACAUUCGCUACUAAUUACGAUGCAUAUUAUAUAUACAUAGAUAUAUAUAUGUAUCUAUUUAUAAUAUGUAAAUAUAAGUUCUAUGUAUUCAAGUCAUUUUUGCGUACGGCGCCAUGUGUGAGUAGCCUGUAUCCACGUACGGUGACUUUAUCAAAUACAGUUUUCAUAAUAAUAACCAGUGUCAUCCCCGCACACACGAUGCGCUGCGAGCGAAGUCGAGUUGAACUAGCAGUUAGUCGAAGUACAACAGUAACUCCUGUUUCACAAUCGCCACAUAACUUCCCGUUAAAUUACUUUAUUUAUUUAUUUGAUAGGGAUAUUUGACAGAUUCUUUCGUACAAAGAGUGUAAAAUUUUUAUCUACCAGAUAGCAGCUAAUCAGUGAUUGUGAAACAGGCGCUAAAUAUUCCCCCUUAUCCACCCCUUAGGGGUUUUUACAAAUAACUGGUUAUUUUAAUCUUAGUAUUUUUGUAAGGCUGGGCCUCUACUUACUUUAUCGUUUCAUAUCAUAAGAUAAACUGUGUUAGAAUAAAUGCUGCAAUUGCAAUCUUGCAAUUCAAUGUAUAGUGUAAAUAAAUUGCUUUAAAAUCGGUAUUUAUUUGGAUAGAAUGAAAAUUGAUCUCAAUUCAACGAAUAAAUUAUUUUCAAAGCUA